AUGGAGAACAUCAACGUAGACACCGAAAAAGGAACCAUGAAGGAAGAAGAAGAAGAAGAAGAGUCACCAAUCGAGGAAGUCCGGUUAACGGUGAAAAAAACCGACGACCCAACACUUCCAGUAUGGACCUUCCGCAUGUGGUUUCUAGGUCUUCUCUCAUGCGCUCUCCUCUCCUUUCUCAACCAAUUCUUCGCAUACCGAACCGAACCACUCAUCAUAACUCAAAUCACCGUUCAAGUCGCCACACUCCCCCUCGGCCACCUCAUGGCCUCCGUGUUACCUUCAAAGACGUUCAGGAUCCCAGGUUUUGGAUCGAAACGGUUUUCGUUUAACCCAGGUCCGUUUAACAUGAAGGAACAUGUUCUUAUUACCAUAUUUGCAAAUGCUGGGGCUGCGUUUGGGUCUGGUUCAUCUUAUGCUGUUGGUAUUGUGAAUAUCAUUAAGGCGUUUUAUGGAAGGAAUAUAUCGUUUCUUGCUGCAUGGCUUCUGAUUAUUACGACUCAGGUGUUGGGAUAUGGAUGGGCUGGUUUGCUUAGGAAGUAUGUUGUUGAACCAGCUCAUAUGUGGUGGCCUGGUACCCUUGUUCAAGUUUCUCUUUUCCGAACUUUGCAUGAGAAAGACGAUAAUCCCCAUCAAUUUUCAAGGGCAAAGUUUUUCUUCAUAGCACUAGUAUGCAGUUUUACAUGGUAUAUAGUCCCAGGAUACUUAUUCACAACGCUUACAAGCAUAUCAUGGGUAUGUUGGGUAUUCUCCAAAUCAGUCACAGCUCAACAAAUAGGUUCAGGAAUGAAUGGUUUAGGACUUGGAGCCUUAACACUUGAUUGGUCUGCUGUUGCUUCAUUCUUGUUCAGUCCUCUUAUCUCACCUUUCUUUGCCAUUGUCAAUGUUUUUGUUGGCUAUGCAUUGCUUGUGUAUGCUGUGAUUCCUAUAGCAUAUUGGGGAUUCAAUGUGUAUGGUGCAAAUAGGUUUUCUAUUUUCUCCUCUGAUCUGUACACAGCACAGGGACAACCAUAUAACAUAUCUAAUAUUGUUAAUGACAAAUUUGAGAUUGAUCUUGCAAAGUAUCACGAACAAGGUCGAAUUCAUUUAAGCACGUUUUUUGCUCUUAGUUAUGGAUUUGGAUUCGCCACCAUAGCAUCCACCGUUACACAUGUUGCUUGCUUCUAUGGAAGGGAGAUUAUGGAGCGGUAUCGUGCUUCGAAAAACGGAAAAGAAGAUAUUCACACAAAACUGAUGAAAAAUUACAAAGACAUUCCUUCUUGGUGGUUUUAUUUGUUGCUAGGAGUGACAUUUGUUGUUUCUUUAAUGAUCUGCAUCUUUCUAAAUGAUCAGAUUCAGAUGCCAUGGUGGGGACUUCUCAUUGCUUCAGCAUUGGCCUUUAUAUUCACCCUCCCAAUUAGUAUCAUAACUGCAACCACAAACCAGACACCGGGGUUGAAUAUCAUCACUGAGUAUAUCUUCGGUAUCAUUUACCCUGGAAGACCAAUAGCAAAUGUAUGCUUCAAAACCUAUGGUUACAUAAGCAUGGCUCAGGCUGUCUCAUUCCUCAGCGAUUUCAAGCUUGGACACUACAUGAAAAUCCCUCCAAGAUCAAUGUUCUUAGUGCAGUUCAUUGGGACAGUGCUUGCUGGAACUAUCAACAUUGGUGUAGCAUGGUGGUUGCUAGACUCAGUCAAAAACAUAUGUAAUAAAGAUCUUCUUCCCAAAGGCAGUCCAUGGACAUGUCCCAGUGAUCGUGUUUUCUUCGAUGCAUCGGUUGUUUGGGGUUUAGUAGGACCUAAGAGGAUCUUUGGUUCUCUUGGAGAAUACUCAACAUUGAACUGGUUUUUCCUUGGAGGUGCAAUAGGGCCCAUACUAGUUUGGCUAUUGCACAAGGCAUUCCCAAAACAGUCAUGGAUUCCAUUGAUCAAUCUUCCGGUACUCCUGGGAGCAACAGGAAUGAUGCCACCAGCAACAGCAUUGAACUACAAUUCAUGGAUUAUAGUUGGAACCAUUUUCAACUUCUUUAUCUUCCGUUACAGAAAGAAAUGGUGGCAGAGAUACAACUAUGUUUUAUCAGCAGCACUUGAUGCAGGGGUGGCUUUUAUGGCUGUACUGCUUUACUUGGCAUUAGGUCUGGAAAAUGUGAGUCUCAAUUGGUGGGGAACUGCUGGGGAGCAUUGUCCUUUGGCAGCUUGCCCAACAGCUAAGGGUAUAGUGGUUGAUGGUUGCCCUGUCUUCUGA